CACAUCUUCGAAUGAAAAACAUGGCCAGCGUCCACGAAAUCCGCAACUCCCAACGCUCCUGCGGCACCGCCACCAUCUUGGCCAUCGGCACCGCCACACCUGCUAACUGCAUCAACCAAGCCGAUUACCCCGACUACUACUUCCGCAUCACCAACUGUGGCCACAUGACCCACCUUAAACAAAAAUUCAAGCGCAUGUGUGAAAAAUCGAUGAUCAAGAAGCGUUACAUCCACUUGACCGAGGAGUUUCUGAAGGAGAAUCCCAACAUGUGUACUGACAUGGCUCCGUCGCUUGAUGUUCGUCAAGAUUUAACGGUGGUGGAGGUGCCGAAGCUCGGAAAAGAAGCCGCCGUCGAGGCUAUCAAGGAAUGGGGCAGACCCAAGUCAGAGAUCACCCACCUUAUCUUCUAUACCUCUUGCAGCGUCGACAUGCCCGGCGCCGAUUACCAGCUGAUCAAGCUUCUUGGCCUCCGACCCUCCGUUAGGCGUCUCAUGAUGUACCAACAAGGCUGCUAUGCCGGCGGCACCGUCCUCCGCGUCGCCAAGGACUUGGCUGAGAACAACAGGGGUGCACGUAUUCUCGUUGUCUGCUCUGAGAUCACUGCAGUUUGUUUCCACGGUCCCUCCGACACCCACCUCGGGGCCCUCUUAGGCCAAGCCUUGUUUGGUGACGGUGCAGCCGCGAUGAUCAUAGGCGCCGACCCGGACACCUCCGUGGAGCGUCCCAUUUUCCAACUGGUAUCCGCAGCACAAACCCUGCUACCAGACUCAGAGGGAGCCGUUGAAGGACACUUGCGAGAGGCGGGCCUCAUGGUCCAAUUGCUAAAAACGUUGCCAGGCAUCAUCUCGGAGAAUAUCGAGAAGUGCUUGGUGGAAGCCAUGACACCCAUCGGCAUCGACGACUGGAACUCCAUAUUUUGGGUCGUCCACCCGGGUGGAUGGGCCAUUCUGGAUAAGGUGGAGGCCAGCUUAGGGCUCAAGGAGGAGAAGCUGCAAACGACGAGGCACAUCUUGACUGAGUAUGGAAAUAUGUGGAGCACGUCGGUUUUGUUCGUACUGGACGAGAUGAGGAAGAAGUCGUUGAGGGAAGGAAAAGCAACCACCGGAGAAGGACAAGAAUGGGGAGUCUUGUUCGGGUUUGGGCCGGGUGUAACGGUGGAGACGGUAGUGUUGCACAGUAUUCCGGUGGAGGCAGGUCAUUAA